CACGCCUUCUGGCUAUGACGUAAUCGGCUUAGUUCUGUCAAAAUGGCUACCGAAAAGAUCGCUUGGCUUUGUUCAUAAUAUUUGUUUUUUUCUGAAUAAUAUCUUCAAAUUUUUCAAAUUCUGUAGCUUUUUGCAAACCUAAACUUUUGUUGAGACAUAUGUAUUACUUGAAAAUAGGUUAUUUCGCGAUAUAACGCGCCAAACUGUAUCAAAAUCGACAAAAUAUGGCUCAGAACACUGUCAUGAAAGUAUUUGUGCAACGCGAUUAUUCUCGUGGAACGAAUUGUCGAUUCAUGACAGAAAUGCCAGUUGAGUUACAAGGAAAGGUAAGUAUUGUUAUGAAAGAGUCUUGUGUGUAAAGUAGCUACAGCUAUCCGUUUGAUAUCAUGAUCUUCAAUACAAUCUAGUGUGAUUGUUUUAUUUUAUUAAUGUUCAAUGCUCAUCACCACAGUUCAUGAAUAAUUGGUAUAUAUAUAAACUAAAUUGUAUGUAUUGUUUGCUAUAUUUGGGCGUUGGCUCUAUUUUCAGUUUAAGGAAGCCUUCUUUGAAUGAAAAACUGAAAAUAUUCAAACUAUGCCACAGUGAGCCACACUGGAAAAUAUUGUAAAAUUGAUCAAAAUUGAAUUUGCUUCACUUCCCAUGUUAUCUUUGUGUAUUAAAAUGCAAGGAUUUAGGAAGCCCUGCCAUUCAUUUUGUGUUAAAUAUCAGAUUACCAUUGUAGUAAUUGAAUGCCAUGGUUUAUGUAUGGAGUCCCUAGUGUAUUUUAGGACACUCCCACCACAGAUUUGUGGUAAGAAGGAAUGCCAGGAAACUCCCACCAAAUAUCAUUCUUGCAGAGAUUUAGGAACAUUACAAUUUUUCCAAACAAUGGCACAGAGCAUUGUUUGCAAGCGAACGCUAGUAAAAUCUAAAAGACCUGGACGUUUUGUUUGAUGAAUUACAAAGUGUUCCAAAAUUAGAAAAACGUUUCUCACCAAAAAUGCUUGUGGGAAAAUGUGUCAGGCAAAAAUUAUAAAUUGCAUACUGGUAUGACCUACCUGAAAAAUAUUGAAAACCCUUUUGAAGUUGUGAGCAAAAGCCCUUUGCUAGGGGUUCAUUAGUAAUAUACAGUGAGAAAAUGUGAUAUCUCCCACUACUAAAGCCUGAAAAAUGGCCAUUACUUAAUUAUAUGUCGCCGUGUAUUUAAUCCCUUUGUGCAGUAGUGACAGAAACCGUAGCAACUUACUGAAUAAUAUUUCCUAUAAAUAAGAAUCCCUAGUUGAGAUAAAGCAGGAUGCGAUAAAUCGUGUACUUACAUACUGGGGGAUACUAUGGUCUAGCUGGUACUUUUUUUUCAACCAUGUAGGUAUGCAGAGCUAUCUGCAUACUUACAUUUUUCUGGUACCAUAGGACUAAGCCAAGGUAUUGGAGUGCCAGUCAGGCACAACUAAAAAUCUUGAAUUCACCUAUUCACCAAUAGCGACGCCAUCUUGAAUUUCGUGUUUAACACAAUGCAUUAUGGGUGAUCCAGGGUAAUUGAACGUUUUUGAAGGGCUGUAAAUCAAAUAUGUAGGCGAAAACACACGUUUUUAUAGUUGAAAAUAACAGACAAUUUUUAAAAGAACUAGGAAAACACACAAAAGCUGGGAAAAAUAAAAAAAUCAGGAUAAAAUCUAUAGUUUAAAUCUUUGUUAGACCUAAAAAGGGAAAUAAUUUCAACAAAGUGCGCAUAAAAUUGAUUUACACUCCCUCAUUGGCCUCAAGAAAGUGUUUAUGAAAAAAAAAUUAUUGUAUUGUGUCUCAAUACGACGUUAAAGGCUUUUGAAUUUGGAUUUUCACCCUGGAUAACCCAUAAUGCAUCAUGAAUUCAAGAUGGCGUCGCUAUUGGUGAAUAAGUGAAUUAUCGCACCAUGAAUAAAGUAAUGUUAAAAUUAUACAAUAAUAAUUGUUUUUGUUUGUGGAAACACCACGUAAAUUUAUUACUGCAUUUACGUGGUGUUUCCACAAACAAAAACAAUUAUAUUUUAUCGCCAUGCAAACAUUCAAAGAACUUAUACAAUAAUAAUAAGCAAUUUUUAUAUGCAAGCACAAACAGCACUGAAAGUUCUACGAAGGAAACUCAAAGGGUUUCAAUUUGUUUAGAUCGAUGAUCAAAAAUUUCUACACACAAUCCAAGGAAUUAAUGAAAUAAUGGAUGAUGCUGAAAGAAUAAGUGUUGGUUCAUAUUUUGAAAAUUGUCUGGGAUGUUUGACAGGCUACCUCAGCCUUCUUUGUUUUGAAACACAGUAUGAUAAGGUAAACUAUUUUAUUUUCUAACUCUUGACGAAGGGCCUUCGCUCGAAACGUCGAGUUUCUGCUUAUUUUUUAAGGUAGUAAUAUAACCACUCAGCACAGCAUUUUCACAUUGGUACUACCAACACUGGUACAGACAGUUUUAGUAAACUAUUUUAGUCUAUGAAUGACAUAAUAAUGCCUUACAAAAUUGUUCAUGUUGCGUUUCAUCCAUAAUUGUAUUUAAUUUUUCAAAAAUGUAGUGUUUAAAGAGAUUGACUGAAUAUGUGAACCAACAAAAUGCUAAUGUGUAUGUACCACAAGGAUUGAUGGUUAUUAAUCCAAUGGAGAGAGGUCUUCGAGUUGUAUCCUUUGAAAUACUAUGAUGACCAAUAAUAGAUAAUAAAAUUCUUGAUCUAUUUAGUAAUCUUCGUAUUGUUAAUGGUGAAUUUCAAUAUAAAGCACCUAUUCUGUGGCAGAUGUGUUCAAUCAAUAGUUAAUAACAAAAUGAUAAGUUAAUUUUCAUUCAAAAUAGUAAAUUAAUUUUAAUUCAGAUUUCCAUCGUAUGGAUAAUCUUGCGUUUUUUGACAAAUAGUGUAAAUGAAAUUGACUGAUUUAGUGUAAUUUUUUUCCUCUAUAUUAAAGUGUCUCUAUUUGUCCACAAUCUACCAGAUCUUUGUAAAAUUCUAGUGCUUACUCAGUUACUCAAACCAUCCAAUAAUCUGAUUUACAUAAAAACUUCUUUUGAGAGUCUCUGAUUAUGACAACAAAGGUGUCUGUAGUUUUUUAAGGUAAUCUUUUUGUUAUGUCUUUCUGGCCAAAGUUCUUGUUAUAUUUUUGAGGUAGUUUGACCCUACAAUCUCUCAAGUGCAUGUCCUACACUGGAACCACACAUUCAAAAUCAUUCCUUUUAGCCUAGACCAGUCCUUGCCAUUUUUCGGAAGCAAAUGGCUAUUGCCGCCUAAAAUGAAGCUAUUGACAGCAAUUUUGUGUGCUAGUGGUUACCAAACACUUACUAUAUGCUAUGGAGGCAUCAGUUGAUUAAAGGCAUUACAUUCUUUUCAUUCAAUACAUCAAUAUUUCAGGUUUCAAAUAAUGCAUUAGCGCUAUUAAUAUGAAUCUUCAAAUUGUCAUUUUGGGAAAAUACCUGCCGUCGAACACAGGAACACAGACCUCCUCUGGGAGACACUCGUGAUUUUUAAAAAUUGCAAGGACUGGAUCUAUGUGUUUUUUAUUGUUUUGAAUAGAUUGACGAGUGAUGGCCUUCUGCCUUCUUUCACUUGUAGUUUACCUCUCUUCUUUUUAGUCUUUUAUUUUAGCCAUACUUUUAAUUUUUAAAACAAUCCUUGACGAAACUCUCAGAUUGAAAUCUGCAUACUGAACGUUGGCUCAAGAUAGCAUGUUUUGUUAGAUUGCAUGUUUUGUUAGAACACUCUGAUUAUAAUUUCCUGGUCAAACCUAAAGUGAGCCCUGGUUAUGUAUCCACCUGAUCUGGUUAAUUUAACCAAGGAAGUCGACCUGGUCAAAUUAACUAAACAAUAGGUUAAAAUAACCAGGAAAAUUAACCUGGGGCCGGUUGUAUCACAAAAUUAGUAAUAUUCCAAAGUUUUGUUGCAAAAUCUUGUAAAAUGCGGAAAUAUAGCCUUGCGAAGUUUGCCGUUUUUCAGUCAUUUUGUAUUACAAACGGGAAAUUGACGUCCGAUUCGGGUGUUGGGCUGCAAUUUCCCGUUUGUAAUGCAAAAUGACUGAAAAUUGCAAACUUCGCAAGGCUCUAUUUUCCUCAUUUUACAACAUUUUGCAACGAAACGUUGGAAUAUUACUAAUUUUGUGAUGCUCUUUCAGGCUGUGAUGAAAUAUUUAUCUAGACGUGCCUAGAUCAAAAUUUUGGUUAUAAGGGGAAAGGUCUAUUCAUGUCUGGAUCAAUAGAAGUUUCCAAAAUUUUGAAAUAAACAGAAAUGCAGAAAUACAUAUAAACUAAAAGAGUGGGUUACAUUUUAACUCAAGGUUAGAAAUCCAGCUUUGAAGAACCGGCUCCUGCAAGUGCCAAGGGCCGGUUGUUGGAAAACCGACCAGCUUAAAGGCACAGUUCAGCCUUUUGAACGAUGGUUUUUAAGGCGUAUUUCAGCCCUUUUAAUUGAAAAAACUAACUAGGAAAAUCAAUUAUACACAAUUCAAGAUGAGUAAACUCAAUGUUUUUAACAAUAAAAAUGUUUUAAAAAAUGUUAAAAACAUUAAGUUUGGUGAUCUUGAAUUAUGCUUAAUUGAUUUUCCUAGUUAGUUUUUUCAAUUAAAAGGGCUGAAAUGCGCCUUAAAAACCAUCGUUCAAAAGGCUGAACAGUGCGUUUAACCCGGCCUAUAGGUUAACCUAAAAUUCCAAAGCAAACUUUCUGGCAACUUGUUUACAAAUUUGGAAAUGAUUCUUCAUAAAUCUUGUCUGGAUCGAUAGGAGUUUACUUCUCUGAAGUUUUGAAAUAAUCAAAAAUGCAGAAAUACGUAAAUUAAAACAGCAGGUUAGGUAACCGACGGUUAGCGUUAACCCACCUUUGAACAAUCGGCCCCUACAGGAGGAUUAAGUUAACUUACAUAGGUUAGUUCUAGAUAGAAAAUAGAGUGUUUUUAGAAUGUACGGCCAGAAUCCACAAAACAUGACACGCUAUUUUGCAGUCUAAACUCCAGCAAUAUAGAAAUGAAAUGCCUUCUCUGUCUAGGCUGCUAUAUAAACAUUGUACAUAUAUUAUAGGACAUGGUGAAUAGUAGGUCUGAAUACAGUCUGAUGGAUGGUGACUAUUUUAUAACGUGAUAAAAAUGAAGUAGUAUGUCUAACGCAUAAGACAUAACAGACUGUAAAUGCUGAUUUAUCUUGGUAUUGAAGUGGGUAGCGAUUAAAUUUGGGCGUAGACAAGCUGCGUAGUGUUUUAAUGCAGUAAUCAGUACGGAAUAAUAUAGGAGUGAGGUCCUUUUCUACGCUCAAUCUAAAUCGUCAUCCUUUUGUAAAUCAGCAAAAUCACAGAAGAGAUAGUUUGAAUAAAUAAUACUGAUACAGUGUCUGAAAACG